AGUGGCGACGCUCUAGCCGCCGCUACUCGAGGGCUGGCACCUGGCACGACGGGGGUCCUCAGCUGCCUGUCCCUCAGGCUGGCUAGAAAGCCCCAGGUUGCACAAGGAGAAACCUGUGAUGGCGAGGCUCCCGAAGCUUGCAGUCUUUGACCUGGAUUACACGCUCUGGCCUUUCUGGGUCGACACGCACGUAGACCCGCCGUUCCAUCGGAGCAGUGAUGGAUCAAUACGAGAUAGGCGGGGUCAGAGCGUGCCGCUGUACCCGGAGGUGCCGGCGGUUCUGGACCGAUUGCAGGGCCUGGGGGUUCCUAUGGCCGCCGCCUCACGGACAGGUGAGGUAGAAGGGGCCAACCAGCUACUGGAGCUCUUUGGCCUUGUCAGAUACUUUGUUCAUCGGGAAAUCUAUCCAGGCAGCAAGGUUACACACUUUGAGAGGUUGCAUCAGAAGACUGGAGUUGCUUUCUCACAGAUGAUCUUCUUUGAUGAUGAGAAGCGGAAUAUUGUAGAUGUCACCACCCUGGGUGUUACCUGCAUUCAUGUCCAGAAUGGGAUGAGUCUUCACACCUUAACUCAAGGAUUAGAGACAUUUGCAAAGGCUCAAGCUGGCCCGUGAGGUCCAGCCUUGUGGAUGAGCCUCACUAGACACCUAAAACUGAAAGGAAAUCAAAAAGGUAUCCAAAGGUGCAUCUGUACUCUAUUAAAGUGUACCUGUGUGGUAGAAAUGACCUUUUCAUGCUGUGGAUUCCUUCUCUAUUCUGUGGUGAAUGGACUGGUUAACCUGAAAUGCCCUAACCAGCAUGU